UGAUAUCUACAUGUGAAAAAGCGUACUAAUCAGACGAAAGAAUUUUAGUGGCCAGUGAAAUUUUACAUGGUGUCCGCGUCGAUAACAUCAAAAAAAUGUCCGCAAAAUCGUCUCCGGUCGAAAAACUUUUACGAGUGGGCUAUUACGAGCUGGACAAGACCAUCGGCAAAGGCAAUUUCGCCAUAGUUAAACUGGCUACACACAUCGUCACCCGAACGAAGGUGGCAAUCAAAAUAAUAGAUAAGACUGUCCUAGAUGAAGAAAACUUAACUAAGAUAUUCCGUGAGACUGCUAUUUUAAAGAAACUUCGACACCCCCACGUAACCAGGCUGUACCAGCUGAUGGAGACCAAACAAACGAUAUAUCUGGUGACAGAAUAUGCCAGUAAUGGCGAAAUAUUCGAUCACUUGGUGGCCAAAGGACGAAUGUCCGAGCCCGAAGCCAAGAGGAUAUUCAACCAGAUCGUGUCAGCUGUCAGCUACUGUCACACGCAGGGUGUGGUACAUAGAGAUUUGAAGGCUGAAAACUUGCUGUUAGAUCAUAAUUCAAAUAUAAAAUUGGCCGAUUUUGGGUUCAGCAACCAAUUCACAGAGGGCAACUUGCUCGCAACGUUUUGUGGCUCGCCUCCUUAUGCCGCCCCUGAAUUGUUUCUGGGUCUAAAAUACGAUGGACCAAAGGCCGAUAUAUGGAGUUUGGGAGUGGUUGUAUACGUUUUAGUAUGCGGUUCACUGCCCUUUGAUGGGCCAACUUUACAAGCACUGAGAAAUGUUGUCAUUGAGGGCAGAUUUAGGAUACCAUAUUUCAUGUCACAAGAAUGUGAGCAUUUAAUUCGACAUAUGUUAGUGGUUGAUCCAGAGAAAAGACUUACCUUAUCCCAAAUUGUCAAACACAAAUGGUUAAGUGACGCAGAUCCGCCUUUGCAACUUGACGAUGAAGAGGAUCAGAGAUUAAACAACACGGUCAUAGAACAUAUGUUACAAUUACCUGGUUUGGAUAGAGCCGCCAUAGCUCGGUCUUUAGAGAUCAAUUCCUUUGACCACAUCUACGCCAUCUAUCACUUACUGUUGGACAAAUUGAAACGAAAAACUCUGGACUUUCAGAGCAAAGUGGCCAGACAGAGAAGGAAAGCCACAGAAGCUGCAGAACAUAAGACGUCUGAGCAUCCAGAUUCAUACCUACAUACCAGACAUUCCAGUAUCAACGAACGUAGCGAAUCUUACAAUGAUCAACUGUCUUCAGAGCUUACUACGAGUCCUUCUAUGACGCCUGUGUCGACGGAAGAUAGGUUAGAAUUUCCGCAGGAUCAAUCAGCCCAACCCAAUUGGAGGCGAGAAAGCUUCAACGAGUCGUACCUUCGCAACGAACAGGCGUGUUACAACUGGCGACGGGAAAGUUUCAAUGAAAAUUACCUUAGAGGCGAUUACGGUGCUGGGGGAGGAGGCGGAGAAGGUAGUACUCCGACUGGGACGACACCUGACGCAGAACGAAGACAAUCCCUCCAAGAGGGUGAAGAUGCCGGGUCACCUUUCGUUUCCAUGCCGGCUAUUCCAGCUGUUUAUCUCGCUGCUGAUGGAGAAGGACAACCUUUGGAGAAGUUUGGAGAAAUGGAUCUGGACCAAAGUGAAGAUCAAAGUUGUUCUCUGGCUGUUCCUUCCUCAUCAACCGGCUAUAAUAGUUUUUCAUCAUCUGGAGAUCGAUAUUUGACAGUUAGAAGACAUACUGUCGGACCUGGCGAUUCAGCUCAUGAACAAGUUCUGGAAAAACACUACAUGGGGCAAAUGCCUCCCCAGAAUUCAGCCAAUGGCACUAAAAUUCUUCCCAGCACCAAUCUACAUUUACCAGUCUUUGGUCAGCAAAAUCCUCAUUGUUUUGGUGGAAAAGAUCCUCAUUUACUCAAACCGCCCACUGUUUUAAGUGCAGCUGGUGGUUUUGGUAGAAGAGCUUCAGAUGGUGGUGCUAACUUGCAUAUGGCUUGGGGUGCUCCAGGAUCGCAUGAACAGUUAUCAAUGAUGUCCACUAGUUCUAGUGGCAAUCCGAGUAGUCUAAGUAGCGGCACCGGAAUUCAACCUUUAGACCAUGCCCAACAGUUUGAUGAAUUAGCGGCUGCAAGGUAUUUACAAGGACGUGGCAACACGAAACGUCAUACGAUGGCCAAUCCUGAAGAUGUCCAUUCGUUGCAGUCGACGUCAACAUCUGGCGGCAGAACUAGAAGGACCGGUUUACUAACGGUUAUGGAGCGACCACCAGUAAUACCACCCGAAAUCGUCAUGGAGGUGGAAGCUCGCAUGAAACGAAACUAUAUGCCAUCCAUUUUACCGCAGCGAAAGCACAGCAGACACGUUAAACCGCAGUUGCCAACUGUUCAAGAACUGGGUAGAGAACAAAAAUCUGCAGAGCGAUUCUCACCCGUUAGAAGGGGUAGCGAAGGUUCAGCAAGUGGUUCAAGAACACUAAGUCCUUCAACACCACAGCAAGAAUGUCAGAGACUGCAGAGAGGAUUGCAAAAUAGAUCAAGUCCACCCAGAUCAAUACCAGGUUCUCCGAUACAUCAAAUCGUAUCGGACCAAGCGCUCAGACACCAACUUUCCUCAGAGGGCGCUUCUCCGAUUCAUCAGUUUUAUUCCUCGCCGUCUCCCGACCAUCAAGACUACAAAUUUACGGCCAUCAGGGAUCCGACGUUGGGCCUCCCUCCCGAGAACUACGUACCUGGAGCUCUGGGAGGCUACGACAGGAGUCCGCUGCAUGCCCCGGGUGCCUCGCCUUACGGCGCAGCCACGGGACAGCCUUUUGGACAGGUUCCCGGAUUGGCAAUGUUCUCCACCGCAUCUCCUUCCAUUUUGAAUCCUCUUCUCAGUCCUAGUGCCUCGCCGGUAUUUGGUGGUUAUUCGACUCCGACAGGUGGCGCCAGUAGUAUAUCGUCAAUUACGCAAGGUAUAAGUGGCCUAAAUACAACGGGUGGUGGUUCAAUAACCCAAGGCACUCCCUUACAAAUGGGGGUACAAUUAGACGACAACAAAAUGGACACGUCACCGCUGUCUAUGCCGCAGUACAUUUCAGGCGGUCAACCAUUCCUACAUCAGGUGCCCCAUCAUAUGCACGUAUUAAAUGUACACAGCCACAGGAGUUUGACCAAUUCUCCCAUAAGCAAUCCAGGUAGCCCGGGCUUAGAUAUGAUCCAGGAAGAGGCUGCCCAGCAAGUGACUUCUUUCCAGUCCAAAAGUGAAGUCCAAAGUCAUCCUCAGAUAUCCGUUACUGAUGUAUUAGGAAGCGAAGUGACCUUGGUGGCUGGAUCGGACACUUCCGAGGACUCCAUGGACAGCCUGGAGAACCAGAAAGUCUCGAAAAUUCCCUCCUUCAUCAUUUCCGAGCCGUCGGAGAACACGCCGAGCAUAACGCGAGGCAUCGGCAGGAAAACCAGCCAAGAGAACAAUGAGCAAAAAGCGGCUACCAGUAACGAGGCGGUCGACUCCUGCUCGCAUCAGCAGCAACAGCAACAUUCCGAUGAUUUUUUUCUGAGGCGCAACUCGGACAAGAGCUCCUGCUACUCGGACGAUUCGCUGUCCAACGACAGCCUGAGCAUCGGCAACCAGAGCCCCAGCAGCAGUUCCAAUACGCAGUCCAGCCACGCCUUCGAAAGUGAUAUUAGGAGUAGGGCCAUCGAUACGAUGCAACUGAAUAGAGAGUUAAGCAAUGCCGGACGCCAAGCCGAAAACUUCCAAAUAUUCCAAAACCUGAAACUGAAUCUGCCCGAAUCGACCAGAUCGUCCCCCCUAACCACCGACUGUCCCACGCUGCACCACACGAACCUCCACAAAAACUCCGGCUCGUUCGAGUUCGAACUGAGCGACGUCUGUUCCAAGCUGCAGUCCGUCGACAUCCUGGAAAUGGUGAAGAAAACCAUCCGAGAUCAGUUCCCGCCCAAGCAGCUGGUCAGCUCGGAGGAGGUGAGCGACCGACUGAACCUGGAGUACGAGGGCGGCAUCCAGAUCGAGCUGAAGAUCGUGGACAAGCCGCGCGAUUCCAAGGGGCUCAAGAUGAGGCGGAUAUCCGGCGACCACCUGGUCUACCACCAGGUGUGCCAGCAAUUGAUCUCUUGCAUGACCGUUUCCUAGCAUUUUAAGGAUCUGUUCUAGUUCCGGUAUGUGAAAGAUGUAGGGCACGUUUUAGGGCUUACUGAAUAUACCUGACGACGGCACUGAACGAGGUAGCUCUCAGAUAACUUGUUUGCGCAAGCCAUUUUGUAUUCGGUUAUGUUUACUUUCGUUUACAUAUUUAUUUAUUUAUUUAGCUACAGUUUCACAUUAAUAUCAUUAUAAUAUAUAUAAUAUUAGACACUUAUUUUAGUGAAAUAAAUGGAUCUUUUUUCUGGCAUUGUCUGGCCAAAUCUUCCCUGAGUCCUAAAACAGAGUAUAACACUGAGUUAAAAAUCAAGAUGAGACAGAUUUUAUUCAAGCCAAAUUUUUGAACUGCACAAACUAAUGAUUUCUGUUUACAUUUUACGAUUUACUGGUACAAUUUGGCUUGCACAAGCCAAAUUGCGCAAAUUAUCUGAGAGUAUAAACCCCCACUGUAUGUCCCUAGAUAAAGUUAAACUAAAUGAAUAAACCUUUAUAAUUUCUCUAAUAAGAAAAAUCUCUUAUACAAGGUGUGCCAAAACGUCGUAAUAAAAUUAAAGGAUAUUCUUUUUAUUAGAUCCUAUAAUUUUUUUAUUGUCAACUUUGAUUCUGUGGGUAAGACAUGGGUAUUUUUCUACAACUAAAAUUUAUAAUGUUAAUUUGUGUUUUAAAAUAAUACUGCUAGACACAGCUACAAUCAAUUAGCAAUGCUAAAAUAUAUUUGACAUUUUUUUUAAAAAUGACAUGUAUACACAAUAAAAAGACAGAUGACCGAUCCAGUUAGUGUUAAAGACAGAGGCGGUCAAUUUUAUGGCACACCCUGUACUAUAAAUAUAGUGUAUGAUUGAUAAAAAUACGGCGUCAAGUUACUGUAGAAAUUUUUCAGUUUUACACAUUAAAUAUCUAAGCGUCGUUCCUAAGGUAACUCGACGUCGUUUUUUUUUCGAUUACACCAUAUAUCGUCGCUCCGGAAGAACAACAACGCAAUUUCACAGGAGGGGAAAAAUAUAUUUGAAAAUUAAAAAUGGUCAUAAAACUGUAAAAGUACAAUAUGAUCGAAAAAAAAGGCGUCGGCGAUGGCUAUGAAAUGAAGAUCGGUGUCAUUUUAUAUGUAAAAUUAUAUAGGGAAUAUCAUCAAUCUUCAUUUCCAAGCCAUUUUUAAUUUUCAAAUAUAGUGUCAUUUUGCCUCUUCUGCAAAACUGCGGCGUAAACAGCGAUAAUAUGUCUAAUGGUGUCUGAAUUACUUUCUGUUAUAUUACUAGGAAAUAUAAAUAUACAAGGUGUUAAAAAAUUAAAGAGGCAAAAUUGUAUAAGCUAUACUAUAAUUUUAGGUAUAAGUAGGUAAAAUUUAUAAUUUUAUUUAAAUAUUCUAUAAAAUGAAGUUCUGAUAAUCUAAAAUAUUUUUAAUAAUAAUUAAUAUAAUUUAGUUUUUUAAUACCUUAUGAAUCUGAUAUAGUUUUCUUAUAGUAAACUGUAAAUUCUUUUCUUUUUGUUAGAAACUUUAUCUAUGGACGCACUAGACUGUACAUUUUAAAAUAAUUUUCUCAACACUAAACACUAUUUAAAAAAUCUAAUACACUUUCCAAGAAAGGAAUAAUAUUAGAUUCGUAUGUGGCUGAGAGUUAAUAAAUACCUAUAAUUAAGAAAAGAUUAGUUUUCAAAGGUAUAUUUUUUGGUGGCACUAAAAUUUUCCUAUAUUUUCUAAUCUUCGUUGUGAUCCGCCCUUUAAAAGGGCACUGUAUAUAUUAUUUUAUCAUGUGAUAGCGAGUGAAGUUAGGACGUAACUUCAUUUUUUUUCAUGUAAAUAAAUCUAGCAAAUAAGAUAAGCUAAAUCAAUUAAUAAUAAACCAUUAUGAACUAU